UGUCUUGGCCCUGUUCUCAACAUCAUGACUUCAUCAGGUCUUUGUUCUAAACAACAACCCCGCGAUGGUGACCGUCUGCAGCCAUGGAGGGUCCGGCUUUAAAUGCAGGACGUUGCCUCCAGCUUCUUCUUGUUGUUCUGUGAAACAAUUCUCGUUAAAAAUCGAGGAGAUACCUGCUGCAGCUGUACUGCAUCUCAUCUGAAUAUCAUAAUAUCGGUGUUUAUAUGAUCCUGUCGCUACCUUAGGUUCCAUACCCAGCAAUCACGAUGCAGUACAAGACACCUCUCCUACUAGCAUUGGCUUCUGUGGCCUCUGCCCAGACACCGAGUUUGACCGAUGCUCUCGGAUCUCAGAACUCGAGUCUGUCGUCUCUAAGCGCUCUCAUCGCAUCCGACUCUUCAUUCGCCGAUGCCUUGAACAACUUACAUAAUAUUACCAUCUUGGCCCCCAGCAAUGAUGCUCUAAACGCUCUGAACGAUAGCACUUCGUUGCUGACCAAUCCGGGAUACCUCCAAGCAUUGUUGAGUUAUCAUGUCCUGAACGGCACACAUCUGGACUCGAGCUUUGGCAACGACUCCGUGUUCAUCCGGACACAACUGACCAACUCGACUUACACCAAUGUCACCGGUGGCCAAGUAGUUGAAGCCCGGCUCAACGAUAAUAACGUGACGUUCUUCAGCGCAUUGAAGGAGAAUGCCUCCGUCAUCACACCGAACAUCAACUUUACCGGUGGCACCAUUCACAUCAUCGACAAUCUCCUAGUAAUCCCCCAGAACGUGACAGAGACCUUGUCCAACGCGAACCUCACCGCAGCUGAAGGCGCCAUCAACGCUGCCAACCUGACAGACUCGCUUGCAAACACGCACGACAUCACCAUCUUCGCGCCCAACAACGAUGCGUUUGAUGCCAUCGGCAAUCUCGUCGCUAACUUCAGCUCAGACCAGCUGACCAGCGUCAUCGGCUACCACGUCAUCAACGGCUCCGUAGCCUACAGCAGCCAGCUAUCAAAUACAUCUGUACAAGCCGUUAACGGCCAGAACCUCACCAUCACUGUGAUCGAUGGCACGGUAUACGUCAAUUCCGCCAAGGUCACUGUCCCCGAUAUCCUCAUCGAGAAUGGUGUCGUACACGUGAUUGACGGAGUUCUAAACCCAGACAACGCCUCUGCUACCCCCGACACCACGGCCACAACCACCGCGCCAGCUUUCUCCGGUGCAAGCACUGGCACCGACGGCGUUCCCUUCACCAGUGGAGUCACCACACCUACCACCACAUUCCCUGCUGCCACAUCGGCGGGAGGUUCGGAAACGACUUCGAGCUCCGAGGGCGCGGCAGUCCCCAAGCAGACCGGUGCCAUUGGUGCUGCCGCGCUUUUCGGCGGUGCUGUUAUCUUUGCCAAUCUAUAAGGACUUGGCAUAAGCUAUAUCUUGGAGUAAAGAUGUUUAAAUGAAGUAAGACGAGGUCAUGAAAAAUCGUCGGUUGGGAGAAGGGGGAUUAAUAAUGGGGCUUUCAUUGCACCUGUAUUGUAGUUAUCCCCGGUGCAACUCUUUAUACACCUGUUACCUAAAUACACGCUUAUUUGUGA